AAAUUAAUUUAAAAAAUACCAUUUUUUUUGUCAUUCAAUGAAUGAUUCCCCGACAACUACACCAUUUUUCUAAUCUUUCCAACAACCUGUCAAGCUAAUAUUUAAUGCUACAACAAGUUGCAGAAAGCCACCAAACCAUUUAACUUAAUUAGUUCCUGUUGAUAUUAAUUAGUUCCAGUUACAUCUUCAAUUCUGUGAAAGUGCUUACACACAAUAAUCAAAGUAACUAAAAAGAAAGAAGAAGUUGCAGUUGCACACUUGCAUCAGAAACAGAUCUAGAGAGAGAAUUGAAGGAUGGCUUGUGUAGCUGUAGCCUCUCUUGUGAGGACAAUAGAGCUUGAGUUCUUGCAAUAUCACCCUCGUCCACUUGUACUGCACAAUCAUCUCAUCUCUUUCAACAAAGAAUUGAUCCAAUCUUUCCACCAAAAGCUUGGAUUUCUCAUAAGUCAACUCGAUGAGGAAAGAAUCAAUGGUGUUGAAGCAGUUAAACACUUGGAAACGAAGCUCAGGGAUUUAGCUUUCAGAGUGGAAGAUGAAAUCGAAUUCCUAGUAGCACAUCUUUAUGAUAUUGAAGAGGAAGAUGAUGUCGGAAUAGCAGAUCUUGUUUUGAAAGAGGAAAAACCACAGAGGGACACAGAUGCGGAGAAGGCGACUCAGCCUUGUGUGAAACUUGGUCAAAAUUUUCAAACUGCAAUGGAAGAAAUUGAAGCCAUCAAGGAAGAGUUGCUGAAAAUCAAGAAUAGGGACGAGGUAGAAGAAAGAAAGACAGCCCAUGAUGUUCUACAAAGGUCUGAAGUUGUUUCCUCCCAAGCACAAAUGGUCGGCAAAAAUGAUGAGUUUGAGAUUAUCAAGAAGCUGCUAACUGAACUUGGAUCUAAGGAAAAAAAAGUUGUAUCAAUUAUAGGUAUGGGAGGAAUCGGUAAGACCACUUUGGCUAGACAAGUUUAUGAAGAUCCAUCAAUUUCUAUCCACUUUGACGUGCGAGCCUGGGUUGUAGCAUCUCAGCUUCACAAUAAGAGGCAAAUGCUUAUAGGUCUUCUUAAUUCAAUUUCCAAACAAGGCAACCUAGAAAAGUCCACUAAUGAGGAUCUUGCUUUAAAACUCUACCAAUAUUUGAAGCGUCAAAGGUACAUGGUUGUGGUUGAUGAUGUCUGGAGUGGUGAGGCAUGGGAUGAUGUUAGCAAUUGCUUUCCUGAUGAUGGAAAUGGGAGUCGAGUAUUGUUAACUACUCGUCUUGCAGAGGUGGCAAAUUAUUCUAGCUCCAAUAGUGACUUUUCUCAUCAUAUGCAAUUAUUGGAUCAAAGGGAUAGUUGGGACUUAUUUUGUGAAAAGGCAGGUAAAUUUUGUGGUGCUGAAUUUGAGAUAAUCGGAAGGCCAAUUGUUGAAAAAUGCAAAGGAUUGCCUCUAGCAAUAAUUGUGGUUGCCGGAUUGUUUUCCAAACUUUGCACACUAAAUGAGUGGGAGAAUGUUGCAAAAGCUCUAGAUUCUUCUACAACAACAACUAUUGCAGCAACAUGCUCAAAAAUACUUUCACUGAGCUACAAUCACUUGCCUCACCAUUUAAAGGCAUGCUUUUUAUAUUUAGGAGUUUUUCCAGAAGAUUAUGCGAUCAAUGCUAAUGAGCUUGUAAGGUUAUGGUCUGCCGAAGGACUUGUAAAGACAUCGGAGAAUGAAAACUUUGAUGUUGUGGCUGAUAGACACAUACAAGAACUUAUGGAUCGAAACCUAAUUCUUGUGAGCAAGUGGAGUUGCUGUGGAAGAAAAAUUAAAGUGUUUGGGGUGCAUGAUUUAUUGCAUGCAUUUUGUGUGAAGGAAGCUCAGAAGGAGAACCUUCUACAUGUUGUUCGAGAAAAUGGUUCAGAUUUUCCCCAAAGGUGCUUCCGUUGGGUAAGCAUACAAUCAUCAAAUUUUGAUGUGUCUACACUAUGUUAUUCUUCAAGAAGUUGUCGAUCCUUCUUCUGUUUUUCAGAUAAUGACAUAAGCUUAAAUUGGGAACAGUUCAAGCUAUUGAGAGUAUUCUUCUUUACCAGCUAUCUGAUGUACAAAAAUAUUGUGGAUUUCGUUCAUUUGAGAUACUUACCUCCGGCGCUUGAUAAUCAGAAUAUUGUGAAACUGUUUAAGGCUUGGAAUCUUCAAACACUUUCUAUUUGUGCAGAUGAUAGGAACUAUUUGGAGUUUCCACAACUACAAUAUUUUGCUUGCUUAUUUAUGAGGGGACAAUCUCCCAAAUUUGUUCAUCAAAACUUGCAGUGCCUUUCUUGGUUGAAGCCUAUGCGUUGCACAAAAGAAUUCUUUACACUUGUUCCAAAUGUAAAGAAGAUACGGAUUUCCGGUGAAAGAAGAGAGUGCAACGAUUGCAUUGAGAACCUUGUCAAUUUACAGCAGCUGGAGAGACUCUAUAUUAAUGCUAAUCAAUGGCAUUUUACGAGUCCAAAUAUAGUCCAGAUUAACAGCCAUAUUGCUCUCUUGAAAAGCCUUAAGAGGUUAAGAUUUCAAAGUAAUCGUUUUGAGUGGAAUGGAAUUAAUGUUCUUUGCAAGUUGCCUAGGCUGGAGGUGCUCAAGUUAAGUGGUGCCUGUGUAGGCAAACAGUGGGAGCUACCUGAGGAUGACAAAUUCUGCCAGUUAAUUGUUUUGAAAAUUGGUUCAACUGAUCUCAAGGAUUGGGAAGCUACGGGUGAUCAUUUCCCAAAACUUGAGCACCUCUCUCUUUUUUCUUGCAAGAAAUUGAAAGAGAUCCCUAGCGGGUUUGCAGAAAUUUCAAAAUUGAAAUCAAUCCAAUUAGCGGACUGUCGUCCUUCUGUGGUGGCUUCAGCCGAAGAAAUCAAGGAAGAACAACUUGAUUAUUUAAAUAAUAUUGUGGAUGUGGUUGUGGCCGAGCGACGUGGCUACUCCGCCUACACUCGGGUUUCUAAGCCUGAGUCUGAUGAAUACGAGUCUGAUGAAGCUUAGUUUGAUGAAAUUGAGUUGUGCCAGAAGAGCAGAAGGAAGAAAGCUUGAGAAAAGAAGACUAGAGAAAAAUGGGUAGCUAUGCAUAUCUAUCAUUGUGAAGCAUAAAAUUUGACUUUGCAACAUUGUACUGUGUAGCUCUGAGUGAGAAAGUCUUGCAUCACUUUGUGCUUUAAAGUGAUUUAGACUCGUCCUUUGUUGUGUUUUUUUGCUUUAUAACCGUUUGGUUUCUAUUCCAUUUAUAAGGUCAUGUGAUAUGCUUGAAGCUCAAUGUUUAUCUUGGUCUAAAAAUUUGGGCUUUUGCAGUUCAGUUAAAAGUCACUCCGUAUUUGUUGAAUACUUGAGGUGUUAAAUUUGUUGAUGCAUAUGGAGAUAUGUUAUUGGAUUUGAACCUGAUGAGUUAACAAUAAGAUUCAUUGAAAUGCUUCUCAGUGGAA